CAGAAUACCUACUUCUGAAAAAACUCCAAACAACCCUCUUUUUCUUCCGAGUUCCCAUACAUAAAAAGCUCACACACCUCUGCUUCAUUCUUCUCUCUCUCUCUCUCUCUCUCUCACUCUCACAGACACACAAACACACCCAAACAUGGCCUCCUUCUUCUGUUCUGCUAAAUUUUUCUUGCUUAUCUUUCUCAUAUCAGCCAUCCCCAUCGCCAUCAUCUUACGCCUCGAAAUAGCCAAGCCAACAACCCACGUGUACGAGUACCACGGCAAUGGGUGGAUGAGGGAAUGCAGCAAGUGGGACGAUCUUAACCGUCGAUUCCUCGUCUCUUUCUUUGACGGCGGUAUUGGUGAGAUUCCGGUCCCCAACGACUACUCUCCGGGCACCAUCUUGGAGGAAUUUCCCCUCGUCAAAGACUUUGACUUGGCUGGUAAUGCCUCGCUCGGCUUUGCCAUCGACCGGAUGAGGAAUCGGUUACUAUUGGUCGUCGCCGACGUUCUUGGGAAUCGGUACGGUGCAGUCGCGGCAUACGAUUUGACCACAUGGAAGCGGUUGUUUCUCACUCAACUCAGUGGCCCAGGGGAUGAGAAAUCCUUUGCAGACGAUGUAGCAGUUGACGCAGAAGGUAAUUUCUAUGUGACAGAUGCCAAAGGAAGUAAGAUUUGGAAGGUGGGGGUAGACGGAGAAUUCCUAUAUGUGAUAAGAAGUCCACUCUUCACUCCAAAAGAGUGGUACAAAAGUCUAGUUGGACUUAAUGGACUCGUUUACCAUCCAAAUGGAUACUUACUAGUCGUUCAUACUUUUUCUGGCAAUUUACUUAAAAUUGAGUUAGGUAAGGGAGAUGAAGUUAAGUUAGUUAAUAUAGUGGAAGGUCCACUGAGAUUUGGGGAUGGCUUAGAGCUCUUGUCCCCGACUAAGCUUGUAGUUGCAGGGAACCCUUCUAGAUUGGUUGAGAGCAAUGACGAUUGGGAGACGGCCACCAUUGUCGGCAAGUUCCAGGGUCCGAUGCAUCGAAUCACCACAGCAGCAACUGUGAAGGAUGGGAGGGUGUAUUUGAACCACAUAUUUGGUUUGGGAUACCCUAAGAAAAAGCAUGUCAUCGUUGAGGCUGAUUUUUCAUCUUAGGAUGAAGCACAAUCCAAUUUUACUAAGGUGUGAUCAUGUUCAAGAUCAAUCUUUUAACUCUCUCUCCAUGUAUUUUUAGGGGUGUGUUAAAGUGUUGUUAUACGUGGAU